AAAAAACAAUAAGAUUGAGUGAUCAUGGUGAGUGUUAAGAAGAUUAUGCAGCAACAGCUGGCUUUGAGGAUGAUGUUAAUCGUCGUUUUAGCGGCGGCUUAUUUGGUUGUCGCAGAUCCUGAUCAUGAACAUGACGACAAGAACAACAACAACGAGGUCAUUAACAGAAAGCUGAUGAAAUUAGAGCCGCAGCCAAACUGUGGUGGACUAGGUGCUUAUUGUGACCAAGCCAAUUGGUGUUGCGGAAACCUUGAAUGUAAGCGCAACCCGAGAAUUACGGACGGCACAAGAGUGCUACCAGAGAUUGACUCAUUUAUAUUGAAUCGAGAUGAUGUAUCGUCUAAUGUUGUCACUUGUCACUACCGAUGUUGAUACAAUUAUGAAAGAUAAGUCUCGCAUAGUUGAUGAUUUUAUUAAUGACUAAGAUGAUGAAACUUUAGAGGAGUACGUUGAAGAGGAAUGUUGACGCAUUUGAGGCCCCAGCAACAAAGAUAAAGCAUAGCCGGUGGUGGCAAGAAGCAAGGUCAACCAACUCCAUUACACUUGCCUUGUCCACAAGUUCCUGACCAGUCUGUGAUUCCUGGGUUGCGCUUACAUUCAAGGUUUCCGCAACACCAAUUGGCUUGGUCACAAUAAGCACCUAGUCCACCACAGUUUGGCUGCGGCUCUAAUUUCAUCAGCUUUCUGUUAAUGACCUCGUUGUUGUUGUUGUCAUGUUCAUGAUCAAAAUCUGCGACAACCAAAUAAGUCGGCGCUAAAAUGACGAUUAACAUCAUCCUCACGGCUAGCUGUUGCUGCAUAAUCUUCUUAGCA